AUGUCACAAGAUAGAAGCGAAGAAGCCGUUGUCCAGAAGGAUUCCGACACAGAGUUGUCUUUCAGCAUCAAGAAAAUUCUUGGCGAGGCACCCCUGAAGAGAGACGAUCGCCCCCGGUCACCGAAAUCAUCCUUGUCCCAAGGUCCUUUCAGUCCUUCAUCCGACAAUCCUUAUUCACCCAUCAUUAAAAACGUGCCAUUUUCGCCUGUGGGGUGCAUCCCGUACCUGACAAACUCUGAGUCUACGGGGGUGAUACGUGUCCCCACCCACAGACCCCACCCUGUUGUGCCUCUGUGGCCGAAUUACAGUAUACCCUGGGUAGAUAUUCGGCGGGACAGAUUUGGAGUUGUCCGGCGUGUUGGACAUCCCUAUCAGAACAGGACCCCGCCGAAGCGGAAGAAGCCACGGACAUCGUUCUCUCGCCUACAGAUCAUGGAACUUGAGAAACGCUUUCAUCGACAGAAGUACCUGGCUUCAGCUGAAAGGUCAGCCCUGGCCAAAGCGCUGAAGAUGACCGACGCCCAGGUCAAGACCUGGUUCCAGAACAGGAGGACGAAAUGGAGGCGACAAACCGCAGAAGAAAGAGAAGCCGAACGACAAGCGGCAAACCGGUUGAUGAUGUCGUUACAAGCGGAAGCUAGUAAGACGAUUUACGACAUUCGUGACCCACUGUGUAUGAGUAAUUCGUCCCUAAACGCUCUUCAAAACCUUCAACCUUGGGCAGAAGAUGGCUCAAGGAAUAAUGGCUGAUGUCUCAACUCAAUUAAUAAAUAAUUAUUGACUUUCAAGCCACCAUGAAACGGUUGUUCCUAUCAUUGAUCCCAGACAGUGGCCACGUAUUCAACUGAAAAUGGCGGCCUCGAUCAUGUCCAAGUUUCUCCGACCACAGUGAUUUCAACAUCAACGAGGGAUGUUACUUCUAUAUUGUGUAUCGUUAUGAUGAACAAUGACUUGACAGAUUCUCAAAUCUAUUUCAAAUGCAUAUCAUGCGAUGAAACAAUGUGUGAAACAUGAAUGGAUGGUUGAAUGACUUUGUAAAUUUCAGUCACUGUAUACGUGAUAUUGGUCAGUGCUAUGUAAAUGUGUAUAUCGUUUACGUUUCAAAUUGCACAUAGUGUAUUAUGUAUAUACUAUUUUUCAUUCACUUCAAAUUAAAUUUUAUGUGCUUUAUAUGCACGAGUAAUAUAAUGCAACACAAGUAAUUUCAUGAAUUGGACAAUUACUGUAUUACAAGUCACAAUUUGGCUGAGAUAAUACCUGUGUAUACAAUUAUGAAUACAUAAAGACUCGCUUACCUACUAUAAAUCAUGUUUAGGACAUCGAAUCAGUCAUAUUUUUCUCUUGUUAUAAACCACUUAUAGCCACAGGUACUUGGACAAAAACUUGAAUUAUUAUGAACUAUUACAUUUUGGUAUUAAGUAGAAACUUAACAGUAAUGUUCAGAAACUUGAAAUUCUUCAAAGGCAUUUAGA